AUGGCAGCGACGGGCUACCGCAACGAUGCGGUCCGUUUGGUGGGGGAGCAGGUCAUGCAACCGCGAGGAUUAACAGGACUCGCGCAAGACACGCUCGAUGCCAGUAAGGCGGAGAUACGAUCUAUUUUUGAGCUCCUUUGUCAGGACGAGUCGUAUCCAGUUCUGGUACACUGCACACAGGGCAAGGAUCGCACGGGUCUGAUUAUCUUAAUGAUGAUGCUGCUGGUAGGUGAGACUGUGUCCACUGCGGCGAUCAUCGACGACUAUACGCGAUCUGAGCUGGAGCUCGUGCCGGAAUUUGAGGAGCGCAUGCGUGAAAUUCGCGCGCUCGGUCUCGGGGAAGAUUACACACGCUGUCCGCCGGACUUUGUGAAUGCGACAACGGAGUAUCUACAAAAGCAUGGUGGCGUUCAGGGUUAUUUGAAUGGAAUUGGGAUUAAUGCACAGAUGCAGGAACAUAUACGACAGAAGAUACUCGCUUAA